AUGCCCCUUCUUUCCGACCAUCUCACCACCAUCCCGCACCUCAACCCGCUCAUUGCCCCUGGUGCCGGUGCCACCUCCCUCGCCGACGCGCUGGGGGCCUCCCUCACGUUGUCUCCCCCCAUCGUCAAUGGCCGCUUUCUAACCGCUCUGCAUUGUUAUCUCAAGACAUUUGCCAAUCUCGGCGCUGCCCUCAUUUGGAUCCCCCUUGCACGUCGCAUCAUCAAGGUCAUCGCCUCCUCCUCAGCAUCGCUCAAUAGCUCCGGGUUUAUUUCCUCACUUCCUUCCACCUCACUCAACGGCAAUGCCAUUUCCAUCGCCGCCCCCUCUCUCUUGCCUCCCCAUGAGUAUGCCCUCCCUGGUCCUGUCAUCAUCCCCGUCACCUCCACCUCAGCUUUCACAAAUCCCCCUGACCAGCAGCGCCUGAUCUUCGCUGGGAAACAGCUUGGCCGAAUGUCCCUCAGGCAGCCCAGGAAGCUGGUCAAGACUCUCCAGAUGUCUGUCCUGAAGCCGCCUAGGCUUGCGCCUUCCGCAGCCAAGGAAGCCGGUCACAAGUACGCGGAGCUCAGCGCUGCAGAGAAAGAGCCUUACAAACACAAGUCUGCAGCACUGAAGCAGGAGCGCGAGCGCCAGAACACCGAAUACAUGAAGACGCUCACUCCAGACAAUAUCAAGCGAGAGAAUGCCUAUCGCACUGCUCAGCGCAAGGCCAGCAAGUCUCGCAAGAGCAACCUCAAGGACCCAAACACGCCCAAGAAACCUCUGAUCUUCGGCAACAAGCAAGAGAUGAUGAAGCAGAGUGUUCUCACGGCUGGCGAUGAGCAUAAGCCGCUUUUGGCUCGAGCCGAACAGGAGAAGCUCAAAUACGAGGCAGCGCGUAGACUCUACGAGGAAGGUACUCCUGCUCUUGGCACCAAUAUCAACUUCAGUAUCCUGCCUCAGUCGACCGACAGUCCUUUCUCCACAAUACAACCAAUCAAGACUGAGUCGUUUGGCUCCUUCACCUCAGAUGGCUAA